AUGUCAUUUAAUGAUACUUUAUAUGAUUAUAGCUCCAGUAUCUGCCCAAUUUGUCUUACAUGUCUGAAAUGUAAUAAAUCGCUUCAGACGAAAUGUAAAUGCCAACCAUCUGAACUCAAUUGGAGAAAUCAUUCUAAUUGCAAGCUUGAUUUUCAAAGCAAAAUAAUUACAUUUGAUGAUAGAGUUGACCAAAAUUGCGAAAACAUUAGUUUAGAUGAACUUGAAGAUGAUGAUUUAUAUAAGGUUGAAGAUAGUUUAAAUACAAUUGAAGAUGAUGAUUCAUAUAGAGUUGAAGAUGAUUCUAUUGAUUUAACCAAAUCAACAUCAGAAGAAUUUAGUAGCGAUUAUGAUUCUGAAACUACAGAACUUAAUAAAUCUAUUCGAAAAACUAAAAAAAAUGCAAAUAAAUCAUCUUAA